AUUAUAGGUGAGCAGAGCUGCUCUGUUGUCAAAGAAACCCAUAAUGGCAUCUCCACUUUAGACCAAAGCGAAACCCGUUCCAUUUGUCUUCUCUCCGUUGCUUUUUCGUUUCCUAUAUCCUCCGCCGAACUUCAGACGAGCUUUCUUCUCAGUGUUUCCAUGGAAGAUUCAUCUGUACUUCCGCGUAAAAGAAUUUAAUCUGUUCGUCGUCUUGGAGUCUAUUUUGUGUGAAAUUAUCUAUGCACACAUUGAUUUUCUCUCAUCUUUUACUCUAAAGGAACGUCUCCUUCUAGCCAUCAUGUCCAAAGUUGGAAACAUGUUUUUGUGCUGCAGUUCAUCAAAUAAAUAUAACAGAAUAGAUGAAAAGCUUGGAAGAAAAAUGGUUGAAGUCAAAAGAAAUUUAGCUGGACAUGACAAUUUCAAGUCAUUAAAUGGCAUAAUCUUGAGAUUUCCCCAAUUCAGAGAGGGAUUACAAAACAUCAGGGGUGUAUUUGAACAGUAUGAUGAAGAUUCCAAUGGAAGCAUCGAUCGCGAAGAACUCAAGAAAUGCUUACAGCAGCUGCAAAUGCAUAUGACCGAGGACGAAGUUGAGGAUCUUUUCCACUCUUGUGACAUUGAUGGAAGUUCUGGAAUACAGUUCAACGAGUUUAUCGUUCUUCUAUGUCUCAUUUAUCUCCUCAAGGACCAGCAUUCGCCCACCAAAUCAAAGCUGGGUUCACCUCAACUUGAAGCAACUUUUGACACCAUAAUCCAAGCUUUCAUAUUUCUUGAUAAAAAUGGUGAUGGCAAUCUCAACAAGAAAGAAAUGGUCAAGGCUCUGAACGAGGCUUCUCCAUUCGAGAGAUCCCCUGCACGCAUUACAAAGACUAGAUUUCGAGAAAUGGACUGGAACAACAGUGGGAAGGUGAAUUUCAGGGAGUUUCUAUUUGGUUUCAUUAACUGGGUUGGAAUUGACACGGAUGAUGACCUCUCUCUCGAAUGAAGUUAUGGGACAUCAAGACAUCGUAUAGACAUGAAAGACGGCGGCUUCAAAAAUAAGGUCAGGCUGAUAUGUCAUAUUCAUAACUGAAUGUUUGUUUAUUUCAUUUGGUGUAUUGUAAUUGUAAUGUUCUGAAUUAUAUUACAUAAUGUUAUUCUUAUUGUCAUUAUGUUAUGUAAUAUGAACGUAGUUCAAUUAAUCGAGAUAAUUGUAUGGAUGAUAAACCAUCGUUUUUAA